AUGUCCUCACAAGAGCUGUCCUCGGCCAUUCCCCUGGUCCACGCGUCCGACGGCAUCGGCUACCGGCUGAUCGAGCUACCAGCCGAGCUUGUCGACGACCACACGCGGUGGUCCCUGUCGUCCUCGGCCGACGGCUUGGCCCGCCUCAAAGCGGCGGGCCGGACGUACGCGCUGCGGCAGAAGAACACGUCCAACGCGCUGGUGCUGCUGCGAGAAGGUGCAGACCCCGACGCCAACGCAAACGCAGACGCAAAUGGAGGACUUCCCAAGCCCACCGUGUCCGCCAUUGCGACCGUGCACGAGACGGUGGAGCUUAUUGAGGAGCAGGAACCGGCCACGUCGACCUCCCAAGCACCCAAACCGGCAGCGGCGCCGGCCCGCGGCAAGUGGCACGCGAAGUUUGGGCGCACACGGUAG